UUAUGGGCAGAUAGUCAUUUUCUUUUGAACUGGAAUGACGGUGUCCCAAAGGAAAUAGAAAGAUGCAACAUAUUAACAAGGAAUUUAAAUUACAGUGUUGGUUAUCUCGGAUCAGCGCUUCCGUUUAAAGAUCGCUGAUAUCCAUCUUUGGUAUAGGCCAUGCUGUGUUUGUGCAAUACUUAUACCGUGUUGGAUUGACAAUGGAAGGUGUUAACACGAGCAGAUUGCCUCCGAUUGUACGGUUCCAGGUCGGCGGGUUUGCCACAGAGAGGGAGCCACCGGAGCGCAGCUGGGCCAGGAUCCGGACAUGCCUGAUCGACAAUCCUCGAGACUCAGGCCAAAACAAGAGGCAGGAGGUCUGGUCUUACCAUAAAAAGAACAGGGGUGUUUUAAGGUCGUUAGUGAAAAGUUUACCAAAUAUUCCGUUCCGAAUAGGUAAAAAUAAGAAAAGACGAAGCCAGUCGGAUCACGAAUUGGCUUCGAAGAAUGAGAAAAGUGAAUCAUUUCUUCCGAAGAUUUCCCCAGUUGGAAUUGAAUCGCCGACGAGAAAUGGAAAAAUACGACCCUUAGGAACGGUGAAUAGAAGUGAUGACAUCAUUCCUGUAGGAAAACAGAAAAGUCAGAAGAAUUUAGAAAACAGUGCAAUACGAUUUACUUCAACAGACAACGUAAAUAGUAUUAGUCCUGAUCAUGUGAAGGAAUCUAGAAGAACGGACGACCGAGAAAAGUCUGAGAAAAGUCUCAGUAAAAUAAAAAGUGAAUCUCGCUUGCCUAGAUUACCUGUACUAAAACAACCUCUUAGCAAGUCUAGGGUGGUUUCUUUCUCUACAAACGAUUUGAACAAUUCUCCAAAAAUAAUUGACAGCAGAAGUGAUUCGCCGUAUUCAGAUGCAAGUGAGACAUCAGAAAAUUCCACAAAGGGUUUUGAAAACGUGAAUUACGGGCAUUCUAGUCAGCAUACUACUGAACCAAUUCAGAGGUCGCUACUUGAUAUUAUAAACGGUAACCAUUUAUCCGACGCACGAAUGAUGGGUGAAAGGGCAAAAAAGGAGAGAAAAACCGGAACCGUGGAGACGGCAACUUUUCCGGGUGCAGAUGUGGACAAGGAAUGGUUUGAGAAGGUGUUGGGUGAUAAGGAAAUUAUUGACAUGUCUAAUUACGACAAUUUCGCUAGAACACCUAGAACCCGACCACUUGGGGAGUCCAUGAUGAAGGGUCAAAAUGUUCUCAGCAGCAGUAACUACCCAGAACAGAAACCACAGACUGUCACUUCUCGAAGUCCUCUGAGAGUACAGUUUGAUCUCCCCUCUGAGGAAAAGUCCCCUGUGAAACCAACAAAUACAGCUCCGGUGACGAAAUUGGCAGGAGAACCAAUUGCAGGCUUUCAGAGAACAACUAAUUCACCCAGUUAUUUCCCCUUGUUUAGUCGAGAUGGAUUACCAAUGCGCAGAAUCGGUGGGCCAUCUAAAAACAAACAACAGUCGUCCAAAUUAAAAAUAUCAUUUCCCAACAGUGAACCAGUGGAAGAUAAUUAAAAAUUUACAUUUGUAAA